AUGUCCAGAUGCAGAACAUACAAAGUAUCCGCAUCGGUGCGCGUGGAUCAGGUGGAGUCAGAGCUGGCCACGCAGUUGGAGGCACUUCGAACAGAAAUAGCAGAAAACGCAUUUCUUCAAGGGACUAUUGGGAAAUCAUACUGCUCGGUGCAGAUUCCUAAGGACAUUUCUUAUUUUCGUGUGGAGAGAGAGCAGUAUUUGCAAAGACUCUUGCAGGUCCCUGCUGCACGACCUCAUGUGUCCCCGGCGGAGGUCAUUCAGCAGGAGCUGGAGAGCUGUAUCAAUCGGGAAUACACACCUGAGAGUCUUCCUCUUCUGCUGCACCAGCACUACUUGGACCGCUCCCAUCAGUUGACGCAAUGCAAACACCUGCUCAUGUUGAGGUGGAGGAGAUUCUGUCGCCACUCCACAGUUUUAGAACGGCUGUAUCCUUCCUACAAGGGACAGAUGGACCUGCUGGUGCAAGAAUAUGAGGAUGCAGUGCAGCGAGCGCGCAGGCUGGCCGUGUCCAGAGAGAGACUCCUGACCAGUAGGGCAAGCCCAAGCAUCACAGUCUCCCAGGAGGAUGUGGUCAUCUACCUCCAGUGGCUGGUGACCCAUCUGCACUCCCUGAAGUCUAUCCACAGUUUUCUGCAGGUUCUCCAUUACCUACCUGCAAGUGAGAGGAAAGACAUGGUGUCAGGAACGACUGAAAUAGAUGUUAUUUCCUCCUCCACCAAACAGCUGGCAGGAGUGUCUCUAACGACUGGGGUUCCUGUUCAUAUGCUGAGACUGGACCAGUUUGAGAGGCAGCUGCAGCACCUCCUGACCCACUUCCACCUACAGUGUGGCGCUCCAGACCUCAGGACCCCCGCUGAUCAGAUGGAGCUCUUCAGAGUGGUGUCCCAGGAGUUCCGGGUGAUCUUCCGGAAGCAGGAGGAGGAGAGGGCCCUGGAGCAGUACGGCAGCUCCGAGGCCGUGGAGGGGCAGCUGGGGAGGAAGGGCACAGGCGUCUCCCUGAGGAAGGAGGCCAACUGGGUUCCCUUCAUUCAGACUAAGCCCAAACAUGACCCCUGGCAGCAGAAGUUCAUCACCAAACUGAAGGAGCAGAACUCAAUGGAUGAGCUUCUACAGAAUCUGUGCAGGUGUUGUAAGGUACAGUAUGCAGGUGCUAGAUGUGGCUAA